CCAAAGGUUAAAGCCAUAAAUUAACUAGUGGCCGUAGUGAAGGUAAUAAUUAAAAAAUUUCUAACUAUUGUUGCUCAUUGUUAUUGUAAGCAUAAGCAGUCUUCCGUCAUGAUAAUUUUAUUGAAGUUGUUCGUUUUCGCUUUUGAAUAUUCCGUUGAUAAAAUUUUAUAGACAUCAUGCAGCGAUAAAUAUUUAAUACUAAAUAAAUAAAUAAAUUUUGAUUGUCUCAAUAAAUAAAUAACCAACAAUUGAUACAUAUUUUUUUAAGUUUAUUGGAGUAAACAUUUAAACAAUUAACAUGUGCUACACCAUGGACAUCACCAGAUUUAGGUGAUAAUGAUUAUCGAUAAAAAAUUAAAUUCCAAGAGGUUAUAAUUAAGGAGAUAGAUAAAAAUAUAUACAUAUAUAUUACUGGAAAAGGAUGUAUUGUCUACAGUGGCUGAUACCAGUUCUGCUGAUUCCAAAACCAGUGAAUCCUGCACUGCUUCCAACUCAUGUCAUGUUCAUGGUGCUCUACCUCAUAGGAUUUUUUUUGGAGCGACGACCAUGCAUUAUAUGCAGCCUUGUAUUUUUUAUUGCCGUAUCAUUAAUUUGUUACAGUGGUGUUGGUAAUUGUUUAUUUUGGAGUAAUACCUGCGAUUUAAUUAAAUGCCAGAGUGAUUGAUCUUUUUUUUUAAAUGAUACUCAAUUUAGCGGAAGUCUUAUAAUUCUUGAAUUUUUUUAAAAGUGAUAAAUUAUAAAAAAAAAAUAUUUCAAAUAAUUGCACCAAGUUUUAAUUUUCUACAUGUGCAUAUUUUAAAAUUUUUUCUUUUUGUAAUUGAUGAGUUGGAAAAAAUUUGAAAAUUUUAAAUUGUCUGCUAACUUUAGGGUCAUUUUUUAAAAGUCAUGAUUUAUAUAAUUGAAUUAAAUAGCGAUAAUGAUAAUUAAAGGAAGAACUAUAGGUAAUAGAUAGUAAUGAUGACAAUGAUUGAACAAUUAAAUGUAUCAAAAAAUUUUCAUAAUGUACAUAAGUAUGAAAGGUGUUGAAUCGUGAGAAACGUGUAAUUUCGUUUUAGUAUUUUACGCACUGAUACGGUAGCCAUAAAAAAAUAUUCACUGUAAAUAUUACAUUAGCAUAAUUAAUUAAUUAAAUGAUUGUAAUUAUUAUUAGUUGGUAAUUGGUAUCAGAGUACGUAAGACAGCGAUUGUUAUUUAUUAUAAUUGAAAUAAUAAAUAUUGAUGAGUGCAAAUUACCCAAACUCAUUGCUUAGAUAAUGUAGUUAUGAUUAUUUAGAUUUGAAUACUGUUAUAAUGAUACGAUACCUGUUUGCAUACGGGUGUAAUGUAAUAUUGAAUAUUUUUUAAAUUUAUUAUCGACUACUGCCUUGAAUUGUUUAUCACGACACUUUCGUAGCUAUGAAUUUUUAAUUAUGCUUGUAAUCAUUUAUAUAACUAUUGUAUAUUAUGUACAUGGUAUUAGUAACUAAAAUAAUAAUUUUUUUUAUUAUGUCUAUAUAUAAUAAUAAUAACAAUGAUUCCAACAAUAAAUACAAUAAUAGACUCAGUUAUGAAUAUUUUUACCAUUAAAUAUUCAUAAUAACGUAUUUUUAAAAGCAAUUUAUUGUAAACAUAUAUACAUAUUGAUGCUGUAUGAUAAAAAAAUUUUCUUUAUAUUUAAAUGAUAAAUUAUAAAUAAUAAAAU